GACCACUCUCUCCGGCCGGCCGGGUGCGGGCGCCGCGCUCCGCAGUCACUCGUCGGUCAUAGCGCGGAGCCCGUGCUCUCACUACCAGCGCCGUCACCACUACCACACUACCACGAAUCUGCGCUCGCGAUGUUACUCGUGGCGGUAUCAUUGCUACUCCUCAUUGGAGGGGGUGAGGGCCACUACUUCGGCAAGGAGGUGGGGCCGUUGUCAGAGCUGCACCACGGGGUCAAGGGCCGCGUGUUCGCCGUGGACUCGCGGACGCUGUACCUGCAGGACCUGCACUACGACGGAGAGGGACCAGCUGCAUACUUCUACGUGGGCACUGGCAAGUCCCCGAGUGCUACGGGCGCUACGCGGCUACGCGACGAACGCGGCGGCACUGGCCCGCUACGGCGUUACAGAGGGGAGAGUAUCACCCUGUCUCUACCGGACGGGAAGACGCUCAAGGACUUCAAGACGUUCUUCGUGUGGUGCGACGACUAUGCGGUGAACUUCGGCAGCGUAGAGAUCCCCCGUGGGGUGGAGUUCCCGCGGCCGGCCAAGGUGGGGGCGCUGCGGGGCGUGCAUGGCGUGGCCUCCGACAGCGUGGUGGUGGUGGACGCUCAGACGCUGCUCGUGCCUAACUUCUCCUACGACGGAGAAGCGCCAGAUGCCAAGUUCUGGGUGGGCAGGGGUGAGAAGCCGUCUCCAGAAGGCAUCAGGAUCCCCGACGAGAACGGCAAGGAGACGCCGCUCCGGAAGUACGACAAGAAGACCAUCGUGCUCACGCUGCCUGGGGAGCUGACCGUGUUCGACAUCGGCCACUUCGCCAUCUGGUGCGAGGCCUUCACGGUCAACUUCGGCCACAUCGUGCUACCGCGCGCCGCGCUCGCUAAUGUGCCGCCCAGUCUCAAGAUGCUGGGAGUGUCACCCCAGUCCAAGCUGAACUGCGAAGUGCUCCACGAUGACUUAGCGUUCGAGGUACGGUGGGCGGUAGCUGGCGACAGUAUUGUGCUACAGCUGGUCUCCAAGCUAGAGGACGGCGAGUAUAUGUCGUUCGGUAUAUCGGGCCACCCCGGCAAGUCCCAGAUGGUGGGCGGCGACGUGGCAGUGGCGUGGGUUGACAAGGACACGCUGAAAGGGUUCGCCCAGGACUACUACCUGGACGCCAAGAGCCAGUGCGCCGGCACUCACGGCUCGUGCCCCGACAACAACAUCGCCCCAAAUACAGAGUCGAUUCGACUCCUGAACGCCGCGCUAGUGAACGGUUACUCCAUCGUGACGUAUCAACGAGCACUGAAGGCCGGCGACCACCUGGACCUGCCCAUCUUGACCAACUCGUCGCAACCCAUCAUCUGGGCUAUCGGGCCCCUCAACCCUCGCGGUGAAGUCUCCUAUCAUCAUCACUUCACAAAGGGCGAUAAGUUCAUCGAGUUUGGUCGGGCUCCAUUCUGGAACUGCCCAAUGCCCGAGGGUGAUGAGGAGCCGCAGACACAACCGCAGCUGGAGUCGCAGCCCGCCACCAGGUCUCCAGCUGAGGCCCACACAUCAGCUAUCAAACCAAACCCAGUCCCAACACCAAAGCCUGCCCCUAAAGCUGUGCCUUGGGAGAUCCCUGGCAUCCAAUGCUACGAGCCGCCGGAUGGUGUGUUCUACGCGCAAAUGGGGCCUACAGGAGGGAAGCAAGGAUAUCCAGCUAUUACUGGUCACGUCGGGUGGGGCAUAUCGUGGUAUAUCAACGGUCUCCUCAUUCCUGAGAUCAAGGUGGUGCGCGGAAAGAAGUACACGUUCGUAGUGGAGGGUGGUUCUGACCCCAAUGUGCCAGCGCGCUAUCACCCAUUCUACAUCACCAACGACCCGGUCGGUGGAUACUUCCACAAAACUGAUGUUGAGAAAAAGGGUAUUGAAAUCUAUGCUGGAGUACGACGCACAAGAAGUGGUGAAAUGAUGCCUACCGGUAUUGGUCGACUCUGCAACUGGACUCCUGAUAAUGAAGGCCCUGAAGCUGACGAGUAUCCCAGUUUUGGAGCCUAUCAAAGAUCACUUACACUCGUCUGUGAAGAAGGGAAUCCUGGAGUCGUUACAUGGAUCCCUGAUAAAAAUACCCCCGACACUGUUUACUAUCAGUGCUUCACUCAUAGACAUCUUGGUUGGAAAAUACGUGUUGUAGAUGAAUGCGAUUCUACAGAAGCCGAAGAGAGCCGUGUGGUUGAAUCUGUAGCUCUCCCAUCUGAUCUGAUCAGCGAAGAAUCCAUUCAGGUACAAAAUCGUAUAAAUCCAAAUCUUAACUUUUUAGAUCAGCGCAAGAAAAUACAGAAAAUAAUCAAUACGAAAACAAAUUAUAACGAUUUCAGUAGCAAUAAAGGUGACGGCAUACUCAUGGGAGAAAUGUAUCCAGAUAUUGAACAAACCCAACAGUAUCAAAGUGAACAAGAGUAUGAAUUACCAAUAACAAACAGUCAAAUCAAAGAAGUUAUACAAGCAGUUGAAAAUUUGGAAGACCAAUUUAAAGAUGAAACGGCGAAUUACAAUUCAUCACAGUCAAAACUACAUCAAUAUCAAGUCUACGAGGAUGUUAAAGAACAAUACUUGCCUGAAGAACCAAUUAGAGGUGAUGAGUAUGUAGUUGAUUCUAAGAAAUUGCCGACAACUUUUGUAAUGUCUGAAAAUCAAAAACCGCAAACGUUGCACGCUGUAUUACGACCAAAUACUCCUAAUAAAUUAAUGGGAAAUAUGAGGCCCCCUUUUAGAAGACCGGUUCCACCAGAAAUAAAACUACGAAGGCCAUAUCCCGCUUAUCAAAAAAGUAAUAAUGGGUAUCCGUUGUCUUUGCCGAAAUCACACAGCUCACACAAUACCCCGAAAAAACCUUCAAAAUAUCCAAAUAACCGACCAUCACCUACUGGAAACAGGCCUAUACAGUUACCCUCCAACAUACCUCCUAUGAAAACGAUGCCUUCAUUAUAUCCUCCAAAACCUAUACCACAGCAAAUUCCAUCUAAAAAUGGCCAAAAACAAACAAAUUUAGGUCAAUCUAUUGUCAUGGGUAAACCUGCAUACGGUGUAAGUAUUCCAACUCAUAGUCAAACAUUAAGUUUAGGUAAGAGCGAGUUGAUCGGAAACCAAGUCGUUAAUAGCCAAAUAAUACUACCAGGAAUUAAUGAACCAAUAGGUCAACAUAGUACGCCUCACAUUUACUUCAAUCAGCCGAGCCAAAUAGUUUUGGGAAAACCAAUGGAUCAUCCAUUACCACUUGAUCACCAUAUAUCAGAAGUUAAGCAAUUUGAUGUACAAACUUCAUCAUUAGCACCAGAAUAUUCUUCAUACACAACAAAAACAAAUGAAAAACACAGCAUACAUAAUAAAGAAUCAAAAAAUGAAAUGAAAUCCUCGGAUUUUAUUGGCCAAUCAAAAGAUUCCUCAACUUAUCAACCUGCAGUGAAUACAGGUUUUAAACCAGAUUCCAUCGUAAUUGAAAGUGGGUUUAAGCCUAUAAUAAGAGAACCAUUAAUGGCUGUGGAAGAUAAAAUAGCAGAUUAUGCGGCUGUUACUGCUAAUCGGCGUGAAGAUACAGAUGUAGUGGAAGACUACGAGGAGUCACCACAGAAUAUAAAUUCAAAUCAUGCAUAUUCUAGUGAAAAACAAACACAAGCCUUUGAACCCAUGUUUAUACCAUCACCACCCGAUCAUCUGUUAACAAGCGAUGAGCGAACAAAAGAAGUUUUUCCAAAAAAUCAUGCAAAAGAAGAUAGACCACAUCCAGUCUUUGUCAAAACUGAAAGUGAAUUAAACGCUUUAUUCAGUAAAAAAAAUCUAGAAAAAGAUGCUCCUUCUGAUAUGAUGAUGGAGUCAGAUAGACUUAGGCCGAGCUACUUGCCACCAGACCCAAAACAAUCCAGAGAACAUAUUAAAUUUAUCACGUUAAAUGACCAAGUCCUUACCACAUACGACGGUAAAACCAUAUCUGCUGCUACGUUAACUACUGUUCCAGAAACAACACAUAUGAAUAGCAAAAUAUUUUCGUCUAAAUUGCCAGCAAAUACGGAAUUACUUUUAAGAACUCCACAGUUUGGACCAUUUAAAGGAAAAGUACCACCUCAAGUAAUGGAACAUAUAAAAAAUAGUUCAAGCGAGGCCCAAAACUACAAAAACACACAAACAACGCACUUAAAAUUAGUAAAUUCGUAUAAUCAUAAAGAUGAUUUAAAAACAGAAGGGAGUGAGAGAAACGAAGAUACUUUUAAAGUCGAUGACGAAACUGAAAAAGAUCUAGAACCUAUAGAAGAUUAUGAAGACUUAGAACUGGAAGAAAAUUUAAAUAAAAGAAAAAAGCGUGAUAUAAAAACGGCAAAAUUUGAGAGAAAUGAAAAUGAAGAUCAAAAAGCAACAACAGAAAGAAAACCAGGUAUUGACAGAAUAAAUCAAAUGGAUUUUGUUAGCGAACUAGAAAUGAAUGGUAGUUCUAGGCCAUUAACCAAUACUUGGGCUCUCCCAUUAACCCUCUUCAUACUUUGGAAUACGUUGUUUUAAACAACAAAUAAAUAAAGAUAUUUAUCAUUAAUUUAUUGGCUUGCCAUCGAAUGCAUUUCGUAUAAUUAGUGUAGCUGAAAGGCUGUGGUGACACUCAAGACAAAUACAUAAUUGUAGCGGCGUUUCUACAGACACUAGACUACUUGUGGACCCAUCUGUUCCUGUUACCACUCAGAUUCUACAUUUAAUAUACAAGUUUAUUACUCGAUAAGUUUUAGAAUUUUGUAAAUAUUUUUUUAAUCUGUAUGUACUUCUUAAAUAAAUUAAGUUUUAUGGUAAA